AUAAUCUAUUAUUGAAAAUUAUUUCAAGAUCAAGUUUCAUAAUGAAUAUAAAGCCUAAACCUAUAUCUACCAAGCUAAAGCGCAGAGUUGUCCACUCCACUCACAAAGGGUCUCCAGCCAUCAGUCUGUCUAAAUAACCAACGCUUCAGCCACCUUCAGAAUGGCCACACUCGAGAGUCCGAACAUCAACCACUGAGACAGUAUGAAAGCCUGUCCAGAAUCGGAGUCAAAAUUGUCAAGAAGAACAAAGCCAAAGCACAAAAUAUCAUCAUCAGACACAACUGUUGCCAAGUUCCAGAUUUCAGCGAAGUCAAGCAGAAACUCAGCAGACUCAAAAGACAAGCCAGGCCUCGCAGACUUGACAUGCCAGGCUGACCAGACCAGUUUGACAAGUUCGAUAAGCCUGAGAAACUGAGCGAACAGCCCAGCAUGUUGCCUCAGCUUGCAGUCCAAAGUUCUGACUUUGAGUCUCAGCAGCCUCAGUUUCGAGGGUCGCUCAGUCUGAACUUUAGCGGUUCAGACUCCAAACACAGGCGACAGACCGGCUUCACUGGCCACAUAGGUCACACUGGUCAUAGUGGUCACAAUGGCCUGACUGCUCACAAGCACACACUCAAAGCUUUGGUUGACGCUCCCACAAACCCCAGAGUCCAUUCCAAAAGCAGGAACAAACCUGUCUGGACCAGAGCCACGAGAGGUGCCAGAGGAACCAAAGAAGCCUGACGGACUCGGAUGGGCAGAGAAGUUGCAGGCAUUCGCUACGAAGUGACACGCAUCUCCGACCAAGGCCCAUUUGGUCUGGCUGCAGAUCCUUGAGCUACACCAGAGGCUCAGCCUGGCUUGGCUGGGAGUGGCCACAAUGCUGCAGAGUUGUAUGCAGUUGUAGGGACUUCACAGGAGAUUUUGGAUACUCAACCGCUGAGGGAUGCAAAAAGAGGAGUUGAGAAGGCUGGAGCUUCUGAGAGUUCAUUAUCGCUCGAUAACUCAAUCGUUCAUUGAGAAGAUUCACUUUCAACUGAGCGAAAAUAAGACAAAGAUUAACAUAAAGUUCAACUUCCCCGCAUUAGAAAACAGUAAAUUCCAAAAUCUCAACCAUUCAUUCGAAAAUCUCAACCAUUCAUUCGAAAAUCUCCCUGCAAAAAUUUAAACCCAAAGGAUCCCAACCAACUCUCUCACACGAUUCUCAGUCCAAAUAAAGUCAUAAAAAGCUUUCAUCACCACAUUUCUCCCCAAAUUCCCUCCUGCCCACAAGACCUAAACGCCAUGAAGGACUCUCAAUUUUCCACACUAACUCCUAAAAUUAUUCACACAAUUGAAUCAGAGUCUCCUAAUGCCGCUAUAAACUCAAGCCUGCGUGACCAGAUCAGAAGUUUGACUAGGAACCAUCUCCAUAAUUAUCGAAGGCCAACUCAGUACCAGAAAAGGUUCAAUGGGAUUUCUCCAACUAUUACUAAACCAGUGCUUGGCCUCGACUGGUCUAUCACAAAUCUUAAAAGUAAUCAACGGUUGUUGAAGAAAACUCCGAAAUUCAGCUUUAAUAAGGGCAAAGCACCGCUUAUGAUGGUACCUUCCAUGAUGCGACGAGUACGAAUGCAAUAA